CAUCGAAAUGAAAUGGCUCUUACGAACAAUUUGAAUUGUGCCAAGUUGUGGUACCUGCCAUCUUUUACUACUCUCACUAAAGUACUCCAAGACUCAGUAGCGAUUAGUGCUUAGUGGUAGUAGUCACGACAUUGCCCACAGUUCAAGAAUCGAUACAAUAAAGUAUGUCUGGAGUGGAAAUAAAACAAGUUGUAUCAGCUGUUGAUCUUGGUGAAGGACCUCAUUGGGUGGAGAACAAACAGUGUCUCCUUUUUGUCGAUAUUGCAAAUGGGAAUAUACAUCGUUACUACCCCCAAACUAAUAAGGACCAGGUUCUCCAUGUAGAGGAAGGUGGGUCGGGAAGCAGUCUAUCAUUCGUCGUGCCUAUUGAAGGCACUGAAGACUUAUUGAUUGUGGGUCUUGGACGAUCUUUUGCUGUAGUUCAGUGGUCUGCUAGUGACCCUGAUCAACACACAGUAAAGGUCAAAGGAAUCCUGCAUACUGUUGAGGAUGCCUACCCCUUUAAUCGCUUUAAUGAUGGCAAGUGUGACCCACAAGGCCGCCUUUGGGCAGGUACAAUGGAUGGUGUAACAGAUCAUUCAAAUGCUGAUUUUGCAAUGCACAAAAGCUCUCUGUAUUGCUUGGACACUGAUCUUAACCUGACUAACCAGGUUAACAAGGUAUCUCUUUCCAAUGGAUUAGCAUGGAGCCCUGAUCGGAAAACUUUUUACUACAUUGAUUCACUUAAAUAUUCAGUUGAUGCCUUCGAUUAUGAUGAUGUCACUUAUAAAAUUUGUAAUCGUCGUACUGUGGUGGACUAUAAGGCAGCUGGGCUGGAAAACGACAUCCCUGAUGGAAUGUGCAACGAUGAAACUGGAAAUCUAUGGGUUGCUUGUUUCUCUGGCAAUAAGAUAAUUUGUAUAGACCCAAAAAUUGGCAAGAUUGUCCGUACAGUGGAGUUACCAGCAAAAAACAUUACUUCAGUCUGCUGGGGAGGAGCUGAUUACUCAACUCUUUUUGUAACAUCUGCCAAAACAUACCAUUCAGCAGAGGAGCUGGCAACACAACCAGCAGCAGGGUGCACAUUUGCCAUCACUGGUUUGGGAGUCAAGGGACUCCCACCUACCAACUUUAAAGCUGAUCUUCAAGUGUUGAAGAAUAAGAUUGCCUCUUGUGGCAUGUGAAGUUAUAAGCUUUAUAUAUAUAUAUAUAUAUAUAUAU